AGAAGACAUGCGACACCGAAGAGAAAGGCAAAUGUGAAAGCGUGCGGAAGGUGUGUGAAGAGACAGAAACCGGUGUACACUGUGUAGAACCCCCAAAGAAGACAUGCGACACCAAGGAGAAAGAAAAAUGUGAAAGCGAGCAGAAGGUGUGCGAAAAGACAGCAACCGGUGUACAGUGCGUAGUGCCUAGACCCACAGCGUGCACUGAAGAAAUGAAAAACAAGUGUCGAGAUAUGCAAAAAGCCUGUGAUGAUACUGGGGAACAAGCCAACUGCACAGAUACAUGUCCGCAGGACAAGGCUACAGAGUGCAAGAAAUUUCCGUACAAGGAAUGCAAAGCUCACAAUGGAGAAUUUAUAUGUGUAUGUCAGUCAGGACUGAAAGAAAGCGAUGAUGGACAGUGUAAGAUUGGCAGGAAGGUCACCAUUAGAUUCAAGAUUUCCAAUUCACGCCAAAAAAGAGAAACUGUCGACAGCAGUUCCAAGGAGUGCAACAUGGACAAAACACAACUUGUUGCGAUGCUGAAGAAGAAGGAGCCUAACAUUGACGAAAAUACUAUUGUUUGCAAACAGGACUACUCAGCCUCAUCAGGACAGCUGCUGGUAGAGCAAGAACAGAUGAAGCUGACAGAUGCAUUAGAGAAGGUGUUGACUGCCUGCCCCAGCAGGUUAAAAAAGGCAACACAGUUUGGCUCCGCACAGCAGUGA